AUGUUCCGGUCUCUGACAUCUCUCGCUGUGCUUACGCUUGCUUCUACUGCAUCAUUAACUCAUGCUCUGUCUGGAUCGACGCUGGCGUCGGAAGCUCUCAAUCGUCGUGCAACUGUAUGCAAUGGACAUGCAGAACUCUGCAACCGUAGUUUUGGAAAUGUCACUUUCGUGGGUGCUCAUGAUUCCUAUGCAAUUGGCGUCAACAAUCUCGCUGCCAACCAAGACCAACCCAUCACGCAACAGCUGAACGAUGGCAUUCGAAUGCUUCAGAUGCAAGCCCAUAACGAGAGUGGAGUGAUUAGGCUGUGCCAUACUUCCUGCUCCCUCUAUGAUGGUGGCACGUUGCAGGAUUAUUUGACGACAGUUAAACAAUGGAUGGAUUCGAACCCUAAUGAAGUCCUCUCAUUAUUGAUCGUCAAUAUCGAUAAUCUACCUGCUUCAAGCUAUGCCCCUGUUUUCCAGGCCGUAGGGCUUGAUAAACUUUCCUAUGCGCCCCCUUCCCUGACCUUGCCAGCGUCUCAAUGGCCUACGCUAGGCUCUCUGAUAGACUCUGGAAAACGACUUUUGACAUUCCUGGAUAAUGCUGCAGAUUUCAACUCUGUUCCGUAUCUUCUUGAUGAAUUCACCAAUAUCUGGGAAACUGCCUUCAAUGUGGUCGACCCAAAUUUCGACUGUAAUGUCAACAGAACUAAAGGCGAUCCUACCUCUCAGAUGUUUCUCAUUAACCACUUCUUGGAUAAAAUGCUCCUCGGGCAACCUGUCCCAGACAUUGAUAAUGCGAAUCGGACGAAUUCAGCAUCUGGUUUCGGUUCGCUCGGCGCGCAUGUUGAUACUUGUGUUGCCGAUCACGGUCGUCCACCCAACUUUUUGUUGGUUGAUUUUUAUGAAUAUGGCGGUGGUUCUGUGUUCCAAGUGGCAGCCGACAUCAACGGUGUUCCGUAUAAUCCUGCUACUCCAGUUGCCACCCCUGCAACCUCCAAUGGGCCAUCCAACUCGGGAAGCAGCGGAACCACAGGUGUUACUUCAAAACCUCUAAGCGGGGGAACCACUUUGCACCAUUUCAGCAUCUACAAUUAUCUACUCACAGGGCUUGCGCUGCUCAUUGCAUCGACAUUUGGACCAUUUUUACUAUCAUAA